UGACUUUCGUCAAAUGCGACAGUGGCAACCCCACUUAAAUGAACAUUGAUUCCGUCGAACCGUUUGACAGGUCUUUACAUUUUUGUUGGCGUGCAAAGUAGCAAAAAAAAAUAACUCAAAAUGGGUAAGGGAAAUAAUAUGGUUCCGAACCAACACUUUCACAAGUGGUGGCAACGACACGUGAGAACCUGGUUCAACCAACCAGCACGCAAACAUCGUCGUCGUGUUAACCGUAUCAAGAAAGCCAAGGAAGUUUUCCCACGACCAGCUGCUGGCCCACUUCGUCCAGUUGUUCGCUGCCCAACCGUUCGUUACCACACAAAACAACGUAUCGGCCGUGGUUUCACCCUCGAAGAAUUGAAAGGUGCCGGAUUAACCGCCGGCUUUGCUCAAACCAUUGGCAUUGCUGUCGACCGUAGACGCCGCAACAAGUCCGUUGAAGGACAACAAGAAAACAUCCAACGUUUGAAGGAAUACCGUAGCAAGUUGAUCUUGUUCCCAGUGCACGCUAACCGCAAAUUGCGCAAAGGUGAAGCCACCGAAGAAGAACGUAAAACUGCUACACAAUUCACUGGACCAGUUAUGCCACUCAGCAAACCAUCUCCACAAGUUGAAUUCCGUAAAAUCACAGAUCAAGAACGCAAAUUCAACGCUUUCCACACUUUGCGUCGUGCUCGUGUUGAUGCUCGUUUGGUUGGAAUCCGCGCCAAGAAAGCUAAGGAAGCUGCAGAAAACGCCGAAAAUGCCAAAACCAAGGGAAAGUAAGCGGAACAUAAAUAACGUCAAAUUCAUACACAAUCUGUGUAUUUACGAAUGAAACAAAAAAUAAAAAUCUUUAAUUCAUACUUUCGUAUUAACGAA